GACUCUGAAAUACGCGGAAGUGACAGGCGGAAGUAGCCUCGACGGAAGCGGGUCUGUCAGCGGAGGAAGAAAAUCACCAAAUCUGACACAAAGCGGGUCGAUCGCAGCACGUAGCUCCACCCGAUCAUCUCCCCCCUUCUCCCGGACGCCGGCGGCCCGCUGCAAUGAUCCUGCUCGAGAUCAACAACCGAAUCAUCGAGGAGACGCUGACGCUGAAGUUCGACGGCGCAUCCAAUGGAACCAAACCAGAGGCCGUCGAUGUGACGUUUGCAGACUUCGAUGGAGUCUUGUACCACAUCUCCAACCCUGACGGGGACAAGACCAAACUGAUGGUCAGCAUCUCCCUGAAGUUCUACAAGGAGCUGCAGGAGCAUGGGGCUGAAGAGCUUCUCAAGAGGAUCUAUGGGAAUUUCCUGGUGGCAACAGAGGCUGGCUACAACGUGUCCCUCCUCUACGACCUGGACGCGCUGCCGGCCAACAAAGAUGACAUCGUCCACCAGGCGGGCAUGCUGAAGAGGAACUGCUUCGCCUCCGUGUUCGAAAAGUACUUCAAGUUCCAGGAGGAGGGCAAGGAGGGCGAGCAGAGGGCCGUGGUCCACUACAGAGACGACGAGUCCAUGUAUGUGGAGGCCAAGAAAGACAGAGUGACAGUUGUGUUCAGCACGGUGUUCAAAGACGACGACGAUGUCAUCAUCGGAAAGGUCUUCAUGCAGGAGUUCAAGGAGGGCCGGCGAGCCAGCCACACGGCCCCCCAGGUGCUGUUCAGCCACCGGGAGCCGCCGAUGGAGCUGAAGGACACAGACGCCGCCGUCGGGGACAACAUCGGAUACAUCACCUUCGUUCUGUUCCCACGUCACACCAAUGCCAAUGCCAGAGACAACACCAUCAACCUCAUCCACACCUUCAGGGACUACCUGCACUACCACAUAAAGUGCUCCAAGGCGUACAUCCACACACGCAUGAGGGCCAAGACGUCCGAGUUCCUCAAGGUGCUGAACCGAGCUCGACCCGACGCCGAGAAGAAGGAGAUGAAGACCAUCUCUGGAAAGACCUUCUCCCGCUGAGGCUGACCCCCAUCAGAGAAAUCCAACCCCCCCCGUGGACACGCCCCCAAACGCGCCACGCUUGAGACUCCACGCCACAUCGGACAGGACGUCAGGAUGCCUCCAAAUGUCCAAGACCCCCCCCCCCCCC